UUAAUUCAUGGAAUUUGUAAUCAUUUCAGGGUUCUGCCGCCUUUUCCACUUCGCCUUCUUCGGUCGGAUCGUGAAGCUAAAGUGACACUGUAUUUCAACAUAUUCCUCGGCAUAUUCAUAUUUAUCAUUUCCACCAUGGUCGGAACUGCACUCGAACUAAAGCGGAUUUUCGGUAUCGCUCGUAAGCCAGUUGGUCCCUCGAUUGGAUUUUGCUGUCAAUUUGUGCUGAUGCCAACGAUCGGAUUCCUGUUGGCUGAGUUCGGUCUGCCAGAAGACGCCACUUCACUGAAAAUGGCUCUGUUUGCCACAUCCACGUUGUCGCAGUGGUGGCAAAGAGUUCGUUUUGGCGCAUCAUUUGGUCGGAGGAACAUCUUGCCUUUCCAGUUCGAUGACGUCACACAGACCUUAGCUGCUCUAUUUAUGAUGCCGUGGGAUGUCAACGCUUGGUCGACACUUCACCGACGCUCACGUUCAAAUUCCUUUCUUGAGAAUUAUUGA